GUAUUUUUUCUAUUUUAGGAGAAGUUUGACAGUGAUGACAUGAAUGAUCAAAGAGAUAAUGUUUUGCAACAUAUGAGAAAGCUUUGGAAUAACUGGAGAGGAUCAUUGCACAAGAAUGUGAAAUCUAAAUCAUUGCACGAGGUUCUUAAAGAUGUGCCAAUGGGAGUAGACAAGAGUGAUUGGGAAUGGUUGGUCAAGGAACAUUUUUUAUCUCAGAAAUUUAAGGACGAAAGUACAAGAAACUCAGUCAAUAGGUCUAAGUUGUGUAUGCCUCAUCGUACGGGUAGCAGGCCUAUUAGAGAGAUUGUUUACGAAAUGGGAGGCAAAGAUGGUAAUCCACCAAACAUGGCAACUAUUUUCUUUGAGACACGUAAGAAGGGAAAUAAGCUUGUCGAACCUGAAACCGUUGAAAAAUAUGCUGAAAUUCACGAGCUUGUACAAUCUGAACCAUCUCUUACUAAUAUUGAGGUAGUGGAAAGGUGCUUUGGACCUCAAUGCAAAAGUCAUGUAGUUGGAUUUGGUGGUGGAAUAACAACUAAGGAGUUAAAAGGCGGUACCACCUCAAAGGCUGCAUUGUGGGAAGAGCUGAAAACAACUCGGAAAGAAAAGGAAUCACUACAAAAACGCAUGGAUAUUCUAGAGAGUAAAUAUGAACACCUUGAAAAUAUAGUGAUCCGUCAGUCUUCAUCAGUUCCAUCAAUUCCAUCAAGUUAG